AGAUGAUGGGGCGGUCAAUUGCCUUCGGAACGUGCCUCUGAAGCACUAUGAUGAAUACUUGUUCUGGAGAGUAGCACCGUAGUGGAUUCCUCUGACAGAAUGGCGUUAUCAUAAUGCUACUAUAUUCAUUACUUGAAAUUACCCAGGAUGAUUACAGCUUAAAGCAUGCGAGUAUUCAUUAUCAAUUUUCGUAUUAUCAUUACCUGUAUAAGAGGCGAAUAACUACUCGUUGGCAGUGGGAAAGAUGCACUCUACGAAGUCAAUUCUUCCAAUUGGUAUUUUCUCGGUAGCUUUAUUGUCUCGCAGAAACAAGUUUGUAGCCCUCCUCCA